AUGCCCGAUGACGACGACGAUGACUCUACCAACCCCUGGACUCGUGAGGAUGCAAUCAGAGGCCUCAAAGUCGAAUUCUGGAUGCACCACCCCGACCGCAAGCCCGGAGAAAGUGCCCAUAACUGCGACAUCUCCAUCGGGCCCGACCACCCCCAGUAUGACUUUUACCUGCGGGCUCUAGACCUCAUCAACAAGUAUUUCGACGAGCUUGACAGCAAGGGAGGGUCCAACAUGGUUGAUGAAAUAAAGCAUCGAGUCGAGCUCGCACGGGACGAUUACGUUUACUUCGGAUACGGAACUGAAAACCUCCCUGAUCGAGCUGAAUUGAUGAUCACCCGGUUCGUUGUCCCCUGCGACGCCAUUGACGGAUCCAUAGCAGCCAUGCUUAGGGACAUGGGCUGUAUACGGAUGCUCUACGUUAACGGCUACGAACCCUGA